AUGGCCAAGAUGAAGGCUCGAGACCUUCGCGGCAAGAAGGAGGAGGAGCUGCUGAAACCGCUGGAGGACCCGAAAGUGGAGAUGGCCCAGCUACGCGUGGCUAAAGUAACAGGCGGCGCGGCUUCCAAACUCUCCAAGAUCCAAGUUGUUCGCAAAUCCAUCGCCCGUGUACUCACCGCCAUUAACCAGACUCAGAUAGAGAACCACAGGAAAUUCUAUAAGGGCAAGUACAAGCCCCUGGAUCUGCGGCCCAAGAAAACGCGUGCCAUGCGCCGCCGGCUCAACAAACGCGAAGAGAACCUGAAGCCCUAGAAGCAGCAGCGGAAGCAGCGGCUGUACCCGCUCCGGAAGUAGGCGGUCAAGGCCCGAGCAUCCAGGUGUCAAUAAAA